AUGGAACUGCAGGACAGGAGUCGAUCCCCGUCCCGUAGGACCAGCAGGGUCGAGCAGGUGGUGGGAAGAUGGCUGAGGCGGUCCCGAGAAUUGGGCAGCAGGUCUCACUCUUUGAGCAGAGACAGAGUUACAAUAGACGGGAGACCAGAAGAAUAUAUGAGCACAGAUGGAAGAAACAAUCCCUUCCGCUUGAAUGUUUUGAUCCAGCAAGACCCAAAACACAAAUCUCAUGGCCUCACACUUUCCUCACAGACGCCAAUCUUGGUACAAGAGGUCACCCAAGGUGGUCCUGCAGAUGGCCGGCUCAUCCCUGGUGACCAGCUUGUGAAGAUCAAUAACGUCGCUGUCGAUGACCUGACCCCUGAGCAAGCUGCUGAAAUUAUCAGAGAGUGUCAAGAUUCGUUAUCUGUGACUAUACUCAGAAAAAUGCUGGGCCCUAAGUCAUCCUUCAUCACACCUGAGAAGAGAGCCAAGCUUAAAUCUAACCCGGUAAAGGUUCGCUUUGCUGAGGAGGUGGAGGUCAAUGGACAUUCUCAGGGCAACUCGCUGCUAUUCCUACCUAAUGUUCUGAAGGUAUAUCUGGAGAAUGGGCAGACGAAGGCCUUUAAAUUUGAACCCAGCACAACAGUCAAGGACAUUGUAAUGACACUCAAGGAAAAACUUUCGCUGAGAAAUAUUGAACAUUUCUCCCUGGUGCUUGAGCAGCAAUACAGUGUCACUAAACUGUUAUUGUUACAUGAUGAAGAGAAGAUACAACAGGUGGUCCAGAAGAAGGAGUCCCGUGACUACAGAUGUCUAUUUCGUGUUUGUUUCAUUCCAAAACUACCUGAGACUCUGCUACAAGAUGAUCCGACUGCCUUUGAGUAUCUUUACCUGCAGGGAGUGAAUGAUGUCCUGCAAGAGCGCUUUGCAGUAGAAAUGAGGUGUAACACUGCUCUGCGACUUGGCGCACUGCACAUCCAGGAAAGGUUGGCAAGCUGUGGACUGUCCCCAAAGACUAACCUGAAGAUAGUCACUAAGACUUGGGGCAUCGACAACUUUGUAUCAUCCACAUUGCUGCGGAACAUGCGAGAGAAAGAUUUGAUGAAGGCCAUUAAUUUCCAGCUGAAGAAGAGCCAAUCAGAAAAUGAUUCCAAACAGAGGGGCCUGACUGUCAACCAAGCUCGUAUAAAUUACCUGGAAGAGCUCAGUGAUCUCAAGUCUUAUGGUGGGAAAUCCUUUAGCGCAACAAUGAUGCUCCAGGACAGAGAGUCCACGGUUACACUGUUAGUGGGUGCACGUUAUGGAGUGAGUCAGGUGAUCAACAACAAGCUUAGCAUCCUGUCCACCCUCACAGAGUUUACCACCAUCACACGCCUCGAGCUCAUUCCUGAGUCUGACAAGGUCAGCUUGGUUAAGAUAUACCUGCAAGACAUUAUGCCAAUUACAUUACUAUUGGAGACAGUUGCAGCGAAGGAUAUGUCAUGCCUAAUAGCAGGAUACUGUCGAGUGUUUGUUGACCCCAAUAUCAACAUAUUUCCCUGGUUGGAUGUCCCCAAAAAGCAGAGAGUGUCUGCUGAGGAAGGUUAUGUGUCACGUUGUGGUAGUGAUUCUGACCACUCGUCUGACUUAGACAUGGAGCCACUUGUCACCCGUGUGUCUGUAAAUGCCAAACGCCGCCCACGUGUCAGAUCCUCUUCAGACCCAGAGGCAAGGAAAAGACGAGAAGGGCACGCCAGGAGAAACAAACACGACAGUGAAUAUAGAAAUAAUAAAUCAUCAGACAAGAGGCAAAAAGAAGAUAAAGAUGCUGAUACCGAAAAAGACAAAAAUUUACCUGAGUGUGAGAAUGAGGACACACUGCUUGAGGAGAAAGAAGCCCAGAUUGCUGGACACACAAAAAAGGAUUAUGUGAAGCUUGAAAGUGAGACACAGCAAUCUAAAUUGGGAAGUGGAGUAGCAGAGGACCAGCCAUCCCUCUCUGAUUCCUGUCAUACUGACUCUCGUGUCGUUACUAGUCCUUCCAGCGAUUCGCUGGACCUCUUAGAGGAAGAUGACUUGAUUUCAUGCUCCUCAUCAUCUAUGCAGCCCAUGGUCUCAACACUAAAUCAUGCUCAGAUCUCUUCAACCCUUGAGCUUUACCCUUUCACUCACUCACACUCUGAGGACAACCUACUUGUUCCUCCACCUGCUCAUUCCCAUCCUCUUCUCCACGUCACAUCUUACAAUAAUGAUGAAGGGGACAACAGAAGGUCAGACGACAUAACCCCCCACACACAUUUCGAAGCUGUUCCUACGUCACUUGAAAUUCACCUUACUAAACAGUCAACCAGCUCAUACACUGAAGACGAUGACACCAUAUGUUUUGCUGAGCUCUCUCGCUUUGUGGAUCUCCUCCCCAGCCCCCCAGAGGCCAGUGAUGAUGAACGGAAUGAAGAAAAGGACUCUUGGAAAAAGAGAAAUAUGCUAAAUAGCAGCAAAGAGGAUACUGUAAACAAAAUAGGUGAAGUAACAAAAACAAGUGGGAAGAGCAGCAGUAGAGGACACCCCCAGUCCCCAUCUUUGUCCUCAGCAUCUUCCUCCUCUGAAUUUGUGUUCAACUUUGACCAGAGAGAUGCCAGCUGUUACUACAAACUCUGCUCCAACAUCACCCCUGACAGUGCUCGCAGCCUUCCCCAGCCUGUGAAUGAUACUAAGAGAAGUGACAAAGAGAAGACUAAGGAGGAACAGCGUCACACUAAUGAACUGGAAUCAGCUCCCAUUCUCCAGCCACCACCUGGCUUUGGGGAUAGCAGCUCUGAUGAAGAGUUCUUUGAUGCCAGAGAUGGCUUCACAUCACCUGAUGACAUGGAUCUAAAAGAUAACUACACCGAAAUGAAAGUACAUUUUGUCAAUUCACUCAACCUCAGUGACAUCAGAGUCUCUGUGGGAGAUGCAAAGAAAGAUGGUAAUUCAGAAGAGGAGAGACAGCAAAAUGACAAGGAAGAGGGUGACAAAAAGGCAUUGUAUGAGCUGAGAAAAAGAUCCCGUAAGCGUCGUUCCUAUGUGGAAACAGAUUAUACCUCCAGGGUAUCAUAUCCCGAACCCGAACCAACAUCAAUGCAGAGCCAGGUCCAUUCCAUGCUAAAUACCAACUUUUUGGCCAAAGGUACUGAUUCCUACACACUGACUUCUGAUUCUGAACUUUUAGGACAAGCAGAUAAUCAAUAUUCUUCUACUGUUUGCUGUUUGACUUACUUUGAAGGGGAACCAGCACAGCUCGAGUCAAAACCAAUUCUCUCUAAUAUUGGUUCCAGUGAGCGCGCUCGUGACCAUCUGGCAUCAGCAAGCAGGAACAGGAAACAUGAUAUGGAGAUGGAACCUGAUGCGAUGGAAUCAAAAUCUAUCACGGAUCAUAUUAAGAUAGUAGCUCCUUCCAUCACUGUUGUCCGAUGCCGGGUGGAUCCAGAUGGAAAGGAGAGUGCUGAUUGCAGCGGUGACAGACCAGAGACAGGAUGGGACGAGGCGCGCACAGGAGAGAACAAACCAGAGGCGGACAAGGAGAAACGGAUGACAGAAAAUAUACCAUUCCCACCUCAUAUCUUCUUGUCGGAGGUUUCUGAAAAACAAAAUAUUUCAAAAGGACUGAUUUAUUGCAGUAAAGGUGAGCUUGAAGCUACCAAAUUGACAUCACAGCUGAUAGAGUUGGAUAAUAAGAACGUCCACCGGAUUGCUUCUAUUCAAAACUCAUUUGAAGAGGAGGAUUCAACACUUGCGUCCUAUUCCCCCUCGCCCCCACCCCCGCCACCUUCAUCCCCUCGGCCCCCAAUGCUGCCUUGCAAUAAAUCCGAUAGUGACUGUUUGCAUAGAGAAUGCACAGAAUUACAGCACUUGGCUUCAUCCAACGCUGAGCAAAAACAAAAUGAAGUCAAAGAAACACAAUUACAUUUAGAAAUUACGACAAAUGAAGAUCAAGCCACUGAUAUGAUUACAAUGGCUAUGCCUGAUAGUGAUGAAGUUACUGACAGCAUAAACUCAGAUGUUUUUGAUGAUGAUGUUUUGAUAAAAUCUGAUAUUGAAAAUACCACUGAAGCUCACACAAAAGGUAAUGUUCAUACUGAACACACUGAUACGAUAAACUCCAUUACCGCAAAGCUUGGGGUUGCAACAAUGCUUACUUCUGGUUUGAAAACUGAAGCUUCUAAUACUUUAUGUAUGAUCAAAACUUUAAAUACACCAAGAGAUAGAGACUCUUCUCCAGGUGCUGAAUCUAGCUCCCUUCAACCUAACACCCCUACGAUCCAAGAUCUUGCCAAAGAGCCUCCUCUGCCAACUCAUUUCAUCUUUCAGUCUUGUUCCCCCAACAUCAUGGGCCGUUUGUCUGCCUCCACACUUAGAGGAAAGAUUCAAAAGUUGCCUCUCUAUUUGUCACGUUCCCAAGAGACCCUUAACCAAGUUGAAUGGGAGAAUAAUGCCACAAGUCCUAUUAAAGACAGCGUGGCCAACAGUGGUAACUUGCACAUUGUGAAAAACAUUCAUGAAACCAGAGAGACAAUGACAGAGGUUGUUGAGUCAGAUGAUUCAGAUUCCACUGUUACAGGAUCCGAAGUAGACUGUGAGUUCUUUGUCGCAACAACCACAGCCAAGAACUCUAGCUUAAUAUCAGAAGUAAAGGAAACCACAGAUAAAAUGUUAGUAGACCAUGAAACGACAUUCUUAGCUGUCCAGGAUGAAACCCAACCACAUGAACCAAAUGGACUUUUUCCCAAACCUAACAAGAAUACACUCGAACCAGUAACAGAGCCCCCAAUAUCCAUGCUGGGUUGCCUCCAAAGAGAUCCAACAGGUCUUUCAAUGGACACGCCUGGCCCAAUAACUGUACCACCAGUAUCAAAGAUGCUAGAUACAACAACUGUUGAAAGCAUUCCAGUUUAUAAAGUAGGCCCACACUCAGCCCCCAGCCCUUCUCCGAUUGUGGUGACUACACAAAAUUUAAAUGGACCAGGUUUACAUUUUCAUGUGCAAAGGACCAGCAGUGACAGGCCCUUGAUGGGUGUUUGUAGGCCAGCAGAACAAGCAUUGCAGCCCCUUUCUUCAGGCUGCAGGGCGUUCAACUUUUGUGAGGAACCAUCCCAAAUCUCGCCCGAGGUAGGGACUACUUUAAACUUGAAACCUGAGGUUGGAUGCACUUCUGUGCUGACAUCUGGAUGUGAGUCAGUAGUGGAGGGAUUAAAUAUGGAUCCUUGUGGUUGCCCAGUAGGCUACACCAACUGCUUUAACAGAGAGGGCAGUUUUGAUGAGGACUUGACUGUUUAUGAGUUCUCAUGUCAAGGCAGUGGUGAAAUACAAAGUGCCAGAUUACCUCUUCCGCUCAUAACUGAUCCUCCAACAUCAACCCUUCUUUCCUCCUCUCCCACAGACUCUCCUUCCUGUCCACACCCCAUACUAUCCUCCCAAACAAACGAGCUCAGUCCACUCCUCUCACCGCUAUCUGAUGCAGAGUAUCUUCACACCCAAACACAAAAGGACACCAUUAAAAGCCUUGGAAAGCAACGUUACCCUGAACCGCCUAAUGGGUUCCAAGUACUACGUGCUGAUGUAGACCACCUUCUUUCUGUCUUGGAAAAUAGCAGCGCUGACUGUUCUUUGGCUGGUCAAGGAGGUUGCCACCCAAGGGAUACGUGUGUUUCUCACUUUACAGAGAACAAGCAAGUGCUUCAAACUGAGGCAAGGCGGUUGACGACUUCCUGCCAGAAAGUGGUGGCCAUUGACCAGAGUCCAGAGGAAAUGCUUAAUUCUUUGGCUGAUAGUUUCCGUACCUUGGUGGAGUUGGCGGGCACAUGCAUAUGGUUUUCUAGUUGCGACAGGUGUGAGCGGAGGAAUGCCGAAGCAGUUGCUGGACUGCAAGAUGUGGCACGUUCAUUCAGGGACUUCUGUCUGGCAGCAGAGAGAGCCGGCAGAAAGCGUAGUUGCCACGACCUGAGCACCAAGCUGCUUGCCAAACAGUGCACUGCACUUACCGCAUCUGUCUUCUGCCUCACACAGAUCUUCCGUACACUCACUGCACUGUGA